UCUGCGUCACGCCGCGUCUGCAGGUGCGGCCCCGCCCCGCUCUUUGCAGGACGUCACCGGGGACUGCAGGGGCCAAGCUAUCGCUGCACCGCUGUCGCUGCUGUCGCGCAGCUCCACGCCAACUCCGGGCUCCCGUCGCCGCCACCGCCCGAGAAGUCUCCACCGCUUGGUCGCUGCCACCUGGGUGCAGGACGAGAUGGCAUCUGCCACAGACUCUCGCUAUGGGCAGAAGGAGUCUUCGGACCAGAACUUCGACUACAUGUUCAAAAUCCUGAUCAUCGGCAACAGCAGCGUGGGGAAGACAUCCUUCCUCUUCCGCUACGCUGAUGAUUCCUUCACACCGGCUUUUGUCAGCACCGUGGGCAUCGACUUCAAGGUCAAGACCAUCUACCGCAAUGACAAGAGGAUCAAGCUGCAGAUCUGGGACACGGCAGGACAGGAGCGGUACCGCACCAUCACCACAGCCUACUACCGUGGUGCUAUGGGCUUCAUUCUCAUGUACGAUAUCACCAACGAGGAGUCCUUCAAUGCCGUGCAGGACUGGUCCACGCAGAUCAAGACCUACUCAUGGGACAACGCCCAAGUGCUGCUGGUGGGUAACAAGUGUGACAUGGAAGACGAGCGUGUGGUGUCAUCGGAACGUGGCCGGCAGCUGGCUGACCACCUUGGAUUCGAGUUCUUUGAGGCCAGUGCCAAGGACAACAUUAACGUAAAGCAGACCUUCGAGCGUCUGGUGGACGUCAUCUGCGAGAAGAUGUCUGAGUCCCUGGACACGGCAGACCCCGCAGUCACGGGCGCCAAGCAAGGUCCGCAGCUCAGCGAACAGCAGGCGCCCCCGCACCAGGACUGCGCCUGCUGAGGGCCCCACCCCUGCCAGGCCCCACCCCUGGGCAAUGGCCCCGCCCCUGCCGUCCUGUAUUUAUUAUCGUAGUUAUUUAUUUAUUUAUUGACAACAUCCCGCUUCCCACUCUCCGCCGCCCUCCUCCCCGGUUGGUUUUUCUAAUCUACCAUCACAGUCCUUGGUUGCAAAGCAGAGGCCAGGUGACACCUGGAACUGGCCGGUUGGGUGACAGGAGGUAUCCUCCAGCCCGCCCUGAGAUCCUGCUCCGAAUACCCUUCGGACCAUGGGGUCAGCGUCUGGUGAGGCUCCCUCAGUCUCAGCUUCCUGAGUGGGUGGGGGGCUGCUGGGCCCCCAGCCCUGUUCUGACGUCGUGAGUGUCCAACGUGCACCCCGGCCCCCUAGGAAAUGUCACACCACCACCACCACAUUCCAAUAAAGCGAAUGGACAAUG